AUGAUUUUAAAAGUAUCCAAAUUUGCUUUCGUCCUUAUUUCGAUUCUAUUGCUGGUCGACUCCAGCGUUGGAAGACCUCAAGCUCCAAGCGGCUCCGCGAGUGCAACAUCAGCCGGAACUACAUUUUCACCUUCUUCAUCUGGUGGCGGUUCCGGAGGAGGCUCUUUCCCACCAUCAUCAACGCAAGUGGCACCUACAAGCGCUGGAGGUCUCAAUUACUUCCUUGCCCGCCACCCACAACACCCACAACACCCACAACACCCACAACACCCACAACAACAACACCUUAUACACCCACAACACCAACAACAACAACACCAACAACAACAACACCGACAACGACAACACCAACAACAACAACUCCAACAACAACAACACCAACAACAACAACUCCAACAACAACAACACCAACAACAACACCAACAACAACAACACCAACAACAACAACAGCAACAACAACAACUCCAACAACAACAACACCAACAACAACAACUCCAACAACAACAACACCAACAACGACAACACCAACUACAACAACACCAACAACGACAACACCAACAACGACAACACCAACUACAACAACACCAACAACUACAACUACAGGAACAACUGGUAUUACAACGACGACCUCAACUACUACUACAACACCAACAACAACAACACCAACAACAACUACACCCACAACAACCACGCCUACAACAACCACGCCUACAACAACCACGCCUACAACAACCACGCCUACAACUACCACGCCUACAACAACCACGCCUACAACUACCACGCCUACAACAACCACGCCUACAACAACACCAACUACUACUACACCAACGACAACUACGCCAACAACAACAACACCAACAACUACUACUCCGACUACAACCACACCUACAACAACCACGCCUACAACAACACCAACUACUACUACACCAACUACAACUACGCCAACAACUACUACGCCAACAACAACAACACCAACAACAACUACGCCAACCACCACUACGCCAACAACAACUACACCAACAACAACUACUCCAACUACAACUACACCAACCACUACAACUCCAACUACCACUACACCAACAACAACUACACCAACAACAACCACACCUACUACAACAACUCCAACUACCACAACACCAACAACAACUACACCAACAACGACUACACCAACAACAACAACUCCAACUACAACCACACCAACCACCACAACUCCAACAACAACUACUCCAACUACCACAACUCCAACUACCACAACUCCAACCACACCAACAACCACAACACCAACUACCACAACACCAACUACAACCACUCCAACUACAACAACUCCAACAACAACCACACCAACAACCACAACACCAACCACAACAACUCCAACUACAACUACACCAACCACUACAACUCCAACUACCACUACACCAACAACAACAACACCAACCACUACAACUCCAACCACAACUACGCCAACAACAACUACACCAACUACAACUACACCAACCACUACAACUCCAACAACAACUACUCCAACAACAACUACUCCAACAACAACUACUCCAACAACCACAACACCAACUACCACAACACCAACUACAACUACACCAACCACCACAACACCAACUACAACUACGCCCACGACAACAACACCAACAACUACUACACCAACAACUACUACCCCAACCACAACGACGCCAACAACAACUACACCAACCACUACAACUCCAACCACUACAACCCCCACAACAACAACUCCAACAACUACCACACCAACUACUACUACACCAACCACAACUACGCCUACAACAACUACACCAACUACUACUACACCAACUACAACUACACCAACCACAACAACACCAACAACAACAACUCCAACAACAACAACCAACACCAACCACCACAACACCAACUACAACUACACCAACCACAACAACACCAACAACAACAACUCCAACAACAACAACUCCAACAACAACUACACCAACAACCACAACACCAACAACCACAACACCAACAACCACAACUCCAACUACUACUACACCAACUACGACAACACCAACCACAACUACGCCUACAACAACUACACCAACAACUACUACACCAACAACUACUACCCCAACCACAACUACUCCUACUACAACUACACCCACCACUACAACUCCAACAACAACUACUCCAACAACAACUACUCCAACAACAACUACACCAACUACAACAACUCCAACUACCACCACACCAACCACAACUACACCGACAACAACUACCCCAACUACAACUACUCCAACCACCACAACUCCAACAACAACUACUCCAACAACAACUACUCCAACAACAACUACUCCAACAACCACAACACCAACUACCACAACACCAACUACCACUACACCAACCACAACUACGCCCACAACAACUACACCAACAACAACUACUCCAACAACAACAACUCCAACAACAACAACUCCAACAACUACCACACCAACUACUACUACACCAACCACAACUACGCCCACAACAACUACACCAACAACAACAACUCCAACAACUACAACUCCAACAACAACAACUCCAACAACAACUACACCAACCACUACAACUCCAACCACUACAACUCCAACAACAACAACUCCAACUACUACCACUCCAACUACUACUACACCAACUACUACUACACCAACAACCACAACUCCAACUACUACUACACCAACUACGACAACACCAACCACAACUACGCCUACAACAACUACACCAACAACUACUACACCAACAACUACUACCCCAACCACAACUACUCCUACUACAACUACACCCACCACUACAACUCCAACAACAACUACUCCAACAACAACUACUCCAACAACAACUACACCAACUACAACAACUCCAACUACCACCACACCAACCACAACUACACCGACAACAACUACCCCAACUACAACUACUCCAACCACCACAACUCCAACAACAACUACUCCAACAACCACAACACCAACAACCACAACACCAACAACCACAACUCCAACUACUACUACACCAACUACCACAACACCAACCACAACUACGCCUACAACAACUACACCAACCACUACAACUCCAACUACUACAACUCCAACAACAACAACUCCAACAACUACCACACCAACUACUACUACACCAACCACAACUACGCCCACAACAACUACACCAACAACAACAACUCCAACAACUACAACUCCAACAACAACAACUCCAACAACAACUACACCAACCACUACAACUCCAACCACUACAACUCCAACAACAACAACUCCAACUACUACCACUCCAACUACUACUACACCAACUACUACUACACCAACCACAACUACACCAACCACUACAACUCCAACUACUACUACCCCAACCACCACAACACCAACCACAACAACGCCAACAACAACAACGCCAACAACAACUACACCAACAACAACAACGCCUACUACAACAACACCAACUACAACUACACCAACCACUACAAUUCCAACCACUACAACUCCAACAACAACAACUCCAACAACUACCACACCAACUACUACUACACCAACCACAACUACGCCCACAACAACUACACCAACAACAACAACUCCAACCACUACAACUCCAACAACAACAACUCCAACAACAACUACACCAACAACCACAACACCAACAACCACAACACCAACAACAACAACUCCAACUACUACCACUCCAACUACUACUACACCAACCACAACAACACCAACCACUACAACUCCAACUACUACUACCCCAACCACCACAACACCAACCACAACAACGCCAACAACAACAACGCCAACAACAACUACACCAACAACAACAACGCCUACUACAACAACACCAACUACAACUACACCAACCACUACAACUCCAACCACUACAACUCCAACAACAACAACUCCAACAACUACCACACCAACUACUACUACACCAACCACAACUACACAACUACGCCAACAACAACAACACCAACUACUACUACUCCAACAACAACAACUCCAACUACAACCACACCAACAACAACUACACCAACAACAACAACACCGACAACAACAACUCCAACUACAACCACACCAACAACAACUACACCAACAACAACAACACCAACUACUACUACUCCAACAACAACAACUCCAACUACAACCACUCCAACUACAACUACACCAACCACUACAACUCCAACUACUACCACACCAACCACAACUACUCCAACAACAACUACGCCAACAACAACUACCCCAACUACUACUACACCAACCACAACCACGCCAACAACAACCAACAACACCAACUACGACUACUCCAACCACAACUACCCCAACUACAACAACUCCAACUACAACUACACCUACUACAACCACACCAACCACUACCACACCAACGACAACCACUCCAACUACAACAACCCCAACUACAACUACACCAACCACUACAACUCCAACUACUACCACACCAACUACAACUACUCCAACGACAACUACGCCAACAACAACUACACCAACUACUACUACACCAACCACAACCACGCCAACAACAACAACACCAACGACUACUACACCAACCACAACCACGCCAACAACAACAACGCCAACCACGACUACGCCAACAACAACUACGCCAACUACAACAACUCCAACUACCACAACUCCAACUACCACAACUCCAACUACCACAACUCCGACUACGACAACACCAACUACUACCACACCAACUACAACUACCCCAACAACAACUACGCCAACAACAACUACCCCAACUACUACUACACCAACCACAACCACGCCAACAACAACAACACCAACGACUACUACACCAACCACAACCACGCCAACAACAACUACGCCAACUACAACAACUCCAACUACCACAACUCCAACUACCACAACUCCAACUACCACAACUCCAACUACCACAACUCCAACUACCACAACUCCGACUACAACAACACCAACUACUACCACACCAACUACAACUACUCCAACUACCACUACACCAACCACUACAACUCCAACUACUACCACACCAACAACAACUACUCCAACAACAACUACGCCAACAACAACUACACCAACUACUACUACACCAACCACAACCACGCCAACAACAACAACACCAACGACUACUACACCAACCACAACCACGCCAACAACAACAACGCCAACCACGACUACGCCAACAACAACUACGCCAACUACAACAACUCCAACUACCACAACUCCAACUACCACAACUCCAACUACCACAACUCCGACUACGACAACACCAACUACUACCACACCAACAACAACUACUCCAACAACAACUACGCCAACAACAACUACCCCAACUACUACUACACCAACCACAACCACGCCAACAACAACCACACCAACUACUACUACACCAACCACAACCACGCCAACAACGACAACACCAACUACGACUACUCCAACCACAACUACGCCAACUACAACAACUCCAACUACCACAACUCCAACUACCACAACUCCAACUACCACAACUCCGACUACGACAACACCAACUACUACCACACCAACUACAACUACGCCAACUACCACUACACCAACCACAACUACGCCAACUACAACAACUCCAACUACAACUACACCUACUACAACCACACCAACAACUACCACACCAACGACAACCACUCCAACUACAACAACCCCAACUACAACUACACCAACCACUACAACUCCAACUACUACCACACCAACUACAACUACUCCAACAACAACUACGCCAACAACAACUACACCAACUACUACUACACCAACCACAACCACGCCAACAACAACAACACCUACUACUACUACACCAACUACAACUACACCAACCACAACUACUCCAACUACCACAACUCCAACUACCACAACUCCGACCACGACAACACCAACAACAACUACACCAACUACUACUACACCAACAACAACAACUCCAACUACAACUACGCCAACUACCACUACACCAACCACAACUACGCCAACUACAACAACUCCAACUACAACUACUCCAACAACAACUACACCAACUACUACUACACCAACCACAACCACGCCAACAACAACAACACCAACUACAACUACACCAACCACUACUACACCAACCACAACAACUCCAACUACCACAACUCCGACUACGACAACACCAACUACAACUACACCAACAACAACAACUCCAACUACAACUACGCCAACUACCACUACACCAACCACAACUACGCCAACUACAACAACUCCAACUACAACUACUCCAACAACAACUACACCAACUACUACUACACCAACCACAACCACGCCAACAACAACAACACCAACUACAACUACACCAACCACUACUACACCAACCACAACUACGCCAACAACAACUACACCAACCACUACUACACCAACCACAACCACGCCAACAACAACAACACCAACUACAACUACACCAACCACUACUACACCAACCACAACUACGCCAACAACAACCACACCAACCACUACCACACCAACGACAACCACUCCAACUACAACAACCCCAACUACAACUACACCAACCACUACAACUCCAACUACUACCACACCAACUACAACUACUCCAACGACAACUACGCCAACAACAACUACACCAACUACUACUACACCAACCACAACCACGCCAACAACAACAACACCAACGACUACUACACCAACCACAACCACGCCAACAACAACAACGCCAACCACGACUACGCCAACAACAACUACGCCAACUACAACAACUCCAACUACCACAACUCCAACUACCACAACUCCAACUACCACAACUCCGACUACGACAACACCAACUACUACCACUCCAACUACAACUACUCCAACAACAACUACACCAACAACAACUACCCCAACUACUACUACACCAACCACAACCACGCCAACAACAACAACACCAACGACUACUACACCAACCACAACCACGCCAACAACAACAACGCCAACCACGACUACGCCAACAACAACUACGCCAACUACAACAACUCCAACUACCACAACUCCAACUACCACAACUCCAACUACCACUACACCAACCACUACAACUCCAACUACUACCACACCAACAACAACUACUCCAACAACAACUACGCCAACAACAACUACACCAACUACUACUACACCAACCACAACCACGCCAACAACAACAACACCAACGACUACUACACCAACCACAACCACGCCAACAACAACAACGCCAACCACGACUACGCCAACAACAACUACGCCAACUACAACAACUCCAACUACCACAACUCCAACUACCACAACUCCAACUACCACAACUCCGACUACGACAACACCAACUACUACCACACCAACUACAACUACUCCAACAACAACUACGCCAACAACAACUACCCCAACUACUACUACACCAACCACAACCACGCCAACAACAACCACACCAACUACUACUACACCAACCACAACCACGCCAACAACAACAACACCAACUACGACUACUCCAACCACAACUACGCCAACUACAACAACUCCAACUACCACAACUCCAACUACCACAACUCCAACUACCACAACUCCGACUACGACAACACCAACUACUACCACACCAACUACAACUACGCCAACUACCACUACACCAACCACAACUACGCCAACUACAACAACUCCAACUACAACUACACCUACUACAACCACACCAACAACUACCACACCAACGACAACCACUCCAACUACAACAACCCCAACUACAACUACACCAACCACUACAACUCCAACUACUACCACACCAACUACAACUACUCCAACAACAACUACGCCAACAACAACUACACCAACUACUACUACACCAACCACAACCACGCCAACAACAACAACACCAACUACUACUACACCAACUACAACUACACCAACCACAACUACUCCAACUACCACAACUCCAACUACCACAACUCCGACCACGACAACACCAACAACAACUACACCAACUACUACUACACCAACAACAACAACUCCAACUACAACUACGCCAACUACCACUACACCAACCACAACUACGCCAACUACAACAACUCCAACUACAACUACUCCAACAACAACUACACCAACUACUACUACACCAACCACAACCACGCCAACAACAACAACACCAACUACAACUACACCAACCACUACUACACCAACCACAACUACGCCAACAACAACUACACCAACCACUACUACACCAACCACAACUACGCCAACAACAACUACACCUACUACCACUACACCAACCACUACCACACCAACGACAACCACUCCAACUACCACAACUCCAACUACCACAACUCCAACUACCACAACUCCGACUACGACAACACCAACUACAACUACACCAACAACAACAACUCCGACUACAACUACGCCAACUACCACUACACCAACCACAACUACACCAACUACUACUACACCAACCACAACCACGCCAACAACAACAACUCCAACUACAACUACGCCAACUACCACUACACCAACCACAACUACGCCAACUACAACAACUCCAACUACAACAACACCAACCACAACUACUCCAACAACAACCACGCCAACAACUACCACACCAACAACUACUACACCAACUACUACCACACCAACCACUACAACUCCAACUACUACCACACCAACUACAACUACACCAACCACUACUACACCAACCACGACUACGCCAACAACAACUACACCAACCACAACUACUCCAACUACCACAACUCCAACUACCACAACUCCGACCACGACAACACCAACAACAACUACACCAACUACUACUACACCAACAACAACAACUCCAACUACAACUACGCCAACUACCACUACACCAACCACAACUACGCCAACUACAACAACUCCAACUACAACUACUCCAACAACAACUACGCCAACAACAACUACACCAACUACUACUACCCCAACCACAACCACGCCAACAACAACAACACCAACUACAACUACACCUACUACAACCACACCAACCACUACCACACCAACGACAACCACUCCAACUACAACAACACCAACUACAACCACACCAACCACCACCACACCAACGACAACCACUCCAACUACAACAACACCAACAACAACUACACCAACUACUACUACACCAACAACAACAACUCCAACUACAACUACACCAACUACCACUACACCAACCACAACUACGCCAACUACAACAACUCCAACUACAACUACUCCAACAACAACUACGCCAACAACAACUACACCAACUACUACUACACCAACCACAACCACGCCAACAACAACAACUCCAACUACAACUACGCCAACUACCACUACACCAACCACAACUACGCCAACUACAACAACUCCAACUACAACUACUCCAACAACAACUACUCCAACAACAACCACGCCAACAACUACCACACCAACAACUACUACACCAACUACGACUACACCAACAACAACAACUCCAACUACAACUACGCCAACUACCACUACACCAACCACAACUACGCCAACUACAACAACUCCAACUACAACUACUCCAACAACAACUACUCCAACUACCACAACUCCAACUACCACAACUCCAACAACCACAACACCAACUACAACUACACCAACCACAACAACGCCAACUACAACUACGCCAACUACAACAACACCAACCACAACUACGCCAACUACAACCACACCGACUACUACCACACCAACGACAACCACACCAACAACAACAACUCCAACAACCACCACACCCACAACUACCACACCGACAACCACCACACCCACAACUACCACACCAACAACUACCACACCAACGACAACCACGCCAACAACAACAACUCCAACUACCACAACUCCAACUACCACAACUCCAACUACCACAACUCCAACUACCACAACUCCAACUACUACAACUCCUACUACCACAACACCAACUACAACUACACCAACCACAACUACACCAACAACAACCACGCCAACAACAACAACUCCUACAACUACCACACCAACAACAACUACCCCAACUACAACUACACCAACCACAACUACGCCAACCACAACUACGCCAACCACAACUACUCCAACUACCACAACUCCAACUACCACAACUCCAACAACCACAACACCAACUACAACUACACCAACCACAACAACGCCAACUACAACUACACCAACUACAACAACACCAACCACAACUACGCCAACUACAACCACACCGACUACUACCACACCAACGACAACCACACCAACAACAACAACUCCAACAACCACCACACCCACAACUACCACACCGACAACCACCACACCCACAACUACCACACCAACAACUACCACACCAACGACAACCACGCCAACAACAACAACUCCAACUACCACAACUCCAACUACCACAACUCCAACUACCACAACUCCAACUACCACAACUCCAACUACCACAACUCCAACUACUACAACUCCUACUACCACAACACCAACUACAACUACACCAACCACAACUACACCAACAACAACCACGCCAACAACAACAACUCCAACAACUACUACUCCAACAACAACUACUCCAACUACAACUACACCAACCACAACUACGCCAACAACAACAACUCCAACCACAACCACACCAACUACUACUACACCAACAACAACUACACCAACCACAACUACCGCUCAAAAUGUAUUAGGGUGGAAUAGAAAUAGAAUAGGAGCCAACUGCAAUAUUACAAAUUAUCAAACAGUAGCUGCACCAACUUCAAGUUGUGUAUCAACACCAUGCCCAUGUGUCAAACCACCACAAAUUCAAGGCUCAGGCUAA